GCGCGCCCGGCCAUUGUCCGUCUAUGCAAUAGCUUCAUUCAUCAUUUUUCACCUCCCAAAAGCAGAACGUCAUCAAUGGCGAUUGUCUCUUAUAAGCUCCUUUCGCUUUUACCCCUUCUUCUUGCUUCUCUAGCCGUACUUUCACGGGCCAUGAUCACCCCCAACGGAAAAACAAAGACGACGUCGUCUUUGUUCGACGUCCAGGCUUCAAUACGCAAAACGCUCGACGUCUUUUCUCCCGGUUCUCGGGAAGUAGAGGAUUCUCUUAAAGAUGAUGAUCAUAGAUCUCAUUCUUCCUCUUCUUCAUCUGAAAGAUCAUACUCAUUUACAUUGCGUCCCCGGUUGUCAGUUAGGCCAACCAGGGCGAGAGACUACAAGUCGCUUAUGGCUGCUAGACUCGCGCGAGACUCGGCCCGAAUGAAAUCGCUUCGGGCACGCCUUGACCCGGCGGUUGAAACAGAUGCAGAUCAAGACGCACCCGUUACAUUCUCGUCAAAUUCAGGUGUGGGCGAAUACUUCGUUAGUCUUGGAAUUGGUGACCCGCCGCAACAGAUUAACAUGAUAAUGGACACCGGAAGCGAUGUUUGCUGGGUCAGCAAAACCGUUUUCGACCCGUCGAAAUUGCCUACAUACCAUGAGCUCGCGUGCAAUGCCCCACUGUGUCAAUCCUGCAACAACAACAACAAGUGCACUUUCAAUUUGAAAUACGGUGAUGGAUCGACAGCCUCCGGUGUACUUGCGCCGGAAAAAGUAACAUUUUCCGGCGGUUCUUCCGUUGACGGCAUCGUGAUCGGCUCGGCAGAUGUAGCCUGGGGUAUGUGGGCCGGAGCCGGCGCAUUGGUCGGCCUCAGCCGUGGCGCGGUGUCUCUGAGUUCCCAGAUGAACGCCUCCUCUUUCUCCUACUGCCUCGUUGACCAGGACUCUAAAUCCAAGUCAACUCUGGACUUCAACUCGGAUGCCCCCGCGGGAUCCGUCUUUGCCCCUUUACUCAGCAAUCCACCGACGCCCAAUUUCUAUUACGUUGGACUGGCCGGGAUUAGCGUCGGCGGCGGGGGUGUGAUCUCCGCCCUGCCGGGUUCCGGCGGUCAAGCCAUCGUUGACUCGGGAACGGCGAUGACCAGAUUUCCAAGAGAUCUGUACACGGCGGUCGAGAAUGAAUUCAUCCGAUUGAUGGGCAAUACCUCAAGGUGGAGCGUGCCCCCAUUCAACACGUGUUUCGAUUUGAAGGACAACAAAAGUGCGAACGUGACAACGUUGUCGUUCCACUUCUCAAAUGAUAAUGUGUUGACUUUGCCGCCGGAGAAUAUUCUGGUACCGGUGGACUCGUCGGGAACGUUUUGCUUCGCCUUUGCGGUGGCGGCGUCCACUACAAUAAUCGGGAACCUGCAGCAGCAGGGGAUGCGGGUCAGUUUCGACCUAGACAACAACGACAUAGGUUUCGCUCCGGGUCAAUGCUAGUAAUUUAAAGUCGUAUUAUUAAUGUGUUUGUGUUUCCCACCACUCCUAAUAGCAUAAAUGUAAUCACUCACCUCCUAAUUUAUUUGCUUUUGAGAACAUUUUAA